UAAUUUACAAAUUUGGAGGGAAAACUCGUUGAAGGCGAGGGAGUCUCCAUGGAAUAGCAAUGGCCUACUUCAAUCUUCUGUUACAAAAAUGUUCUUCCUUCUCCCAAAUCAAGCAACUCCAAGCAAACCUUAUCAUCAAUGGCGAUUUUCACUUCUCUUCCUCUCGCACUAAGCUUCUCGAGCUUUGCGCCAUUUCCUCAUUCGGCGACCUUUCUUAUGCCCUCCAUAUUUUUCGCUACAUCCCUUACCCUUCCACCAACGAUUGGAACGCCGUUAUUCGCGGCACUGCCCUGAGCUCCGAUCCCGCGAAUGCCGUUUUCUGGUACAGGGCAAUGGCUGCGUCAAAUGGGCUUCACAGAAUUGAUGCUCUCACAUGCUCUUUCGCGCUCAAAGCUUGUGCCCGCGCUUUGGCUCGUUCUGAAGCGAUCCAAUUACAUUCGCAGCUUCUACGAUUUGGUUUCAACGCUGAUGUUCUCCUGCAGACUACAUUGCUUGAUGCGUAUGCGAAAAUUGGGGAUCUCGAUCUUGCCCAGAAACUGUUCGAUGAAAUGCCGCAGCCAGAUAUUGCUUCGUGGAACGCGUUGAUUGCUGGGUUUGCUCAGGGGAGUCGGCCAGCUGAUGCUAUAAUGACGUUCAAGAGAAUGAAGGUGGAUGGAAAUUUGAGACCCAAUGCAGUGACUGUUCAAGGUGCUCUGUUGGCCUGUUCACAAUUGGGUGCUUUGAAAGAAGGGGAAAGUGUUCAUAAAUAUAUUGUAGAGGAGAAGUUAAAUAGUAAUGUGCAGGUUUGUAAUGUCGUUAUUGACAUGUAUGCUAAAUGUGGAUCUAUGGAUAAAGCUUAUUGGGUGUUUGAGAACAUGAGGUGUGACAAAAGUUUGAUCACAUGGAAUACAAUGAUAAUGGCCUUUGCAAUGCAUGGCGAUGGCCACAAAGCAUUGGAUCUUUUUGAAAAGUUGGGUCGAUCUGGAAUGUCCCCUGAUGCCGUAUCAUAUCUAGCUGUGCUAUGCGCCUGCAACCAUGCAGGGCUUGUAGAGGAUGGGCUUAAGCUGUUCAAUUCAAUGACACAAAGGGGGUUGGAACCAAAUAUAAAGCAUUAUGGUUCCAUGGUUGAUUUAUUAGGUCGAGCGGGGCGUCUCAAAGAAGCUUAUGACAUUGUAAGUUCACUGCCUUUCCCUAAUAUGGUACUCUGGCAAACAUUGCUUGGUGCUUGCAGGACAUAUGGGGAUGUAGAAAUGGCAGAACUGGCAUCAAGGAAGCUAGUAGAGAUGGGAUUUAUUAGUUGUGGGGAUUUUGUUUUAUUAUCGAAUGUGUAUGCUGCUCGUCAGAGAUGGGAUGAUGUCGGGAGAGUUAGGGACGCUAUGAGAAGAAGGGAUGUGAAGAAGACACCAGGAUUUAGUUACAUAGAAAUAAAAGGUAAGAUGUACAAAUUUGUAAAUGGUGAUCAAAGCCACUCAAGUUGCCGUGAGAUUUAUGCUAAGCUCGAUGAGAUCAAUUUGAGGAUCAAAGCCUAUGGAUAUUCAGCUGAUACGAGCAAUGUGUUGCAUGAUAUUGGCGAUGAGGACAAGGAGAAUGCACUGUGUUAUCACAGUGAGAAGCUCGCCGUGGCUUUUGGAUUGACUUGUACUGAAGAAGGGACCCCAAUUCAAGUGAUUAAGAAUUUAAGGAUUUGUGGGGAUUGUCAUGUUGUUAUUAAACUAAUAUCGAAGAUUUAUAUCCGAGAAAUCAUUGUAAGAGACAGAACUCGAUUCCAUCGAUUUAAAGAAGGUUUGUGUUCUUGCAAAGAUUAUUGGUGAUACUUAUUCACUCAAUAAUUCUAAAAUCGAGACGAAGGUCUCUUGGAAAAUGUCCCAUGUCUCCGGCGUAGGAACAUAUUCUUUCAUCGCGUCAAAGUCCAAGGGGCAGCAAAAGUUUCAAUUUAGAGGUUUGAACUCAAAACCUUGGAUGUGUCUCCAAACAUCUUCAACUCUUACACCAAGAUUCUCUUGGAGAGUAGAACAACGGCUAUCUUUUUUGAAAAAAUGAAAUACCAUUUUUGGGAGGAGGGAGUGAGAUCUUUAAUCAAAUGCCUUCUAUGAUGCAUCUCGCCUCUUGGUUAUAUGUUCAUUAGACUAGUUUAAUGUAAUACGACCAUUUCUGGCUGCAAGGUCUUUUAGGCAUGGAGUGAAUGCACUUCAAAAUGGUAUCAGGCCCGUCUUAUUCUAUCUUUAAUGCUUCCAAAGCUCCAAAAUCUAGUUCGAAAAGUAUGCAUGUUAACCCUGCACUUGCAGGACUGUUAUUGUUGUUGCUUAAUCACUUUGAUGAUGAUAGCCAAAGUGAAAGAAUUGAAGAGGCGGGCAGCAGUCCAGAAAUCUAACCAAUGCCAAGGAUAAUCAUGACCCUAGAUCUGGCGUAUGGGGCUAGUUGAGACAGAGGAAGAAAGCAGCUGAGAAUAUUGAAUCUCAAACUGGAUCAAGCUCUUUCAUUAGAAUCUCAUCCGGAAAAGUGGAAAUGGACAACUACAAUGUGCAGUGAAUCUGGUAAGUCCUUGUUCAUUAAGCUUGAAUCCUGACUGGGAACCAUCGAUCUAAAGAUAAAAUUGAGGGUUAGUUGAUUAUUUAGGCUUCAGAACCAUUCUGUUUUUAUUAAAAACUUUUUAAUAGGUAGCUUGUAGAAUCCACUUUUAUUUAUAAUUAGCUUUUCACUUC